AGAUUUGACAGUGACAGUUCAGUUUAAUUGAUUUUUCCUGUGAAGUUGUAUAUUUUAUAAUUUUAUUUUAUUCAAAAAAUGGAAUAGGAUAUUAUUGCAUUGUUCUUUAUAUUUACAGUGAGCAAUAUGGGUACUACAUCUCCAGAUCCACAACAUAAUAUAAUACACGAAAAUGAAGUAAGUUUGGAAUCUCAACCUCCACCAGUUGUGAUUUCUACAAUAGUUGAAUCUCCAGGUGUAUCAGGUCCUAUCGAAGUCACUCAUCAAGUUUUGGCAACGAGUUCAUCUCUUGAAGAUAUUCCCCCUCCAAAGCCUGAUUAUUAUGCUCCACCACCUUACGAAGUUGCCACUCAAACCUCAAAAUUACCUACCUAUGAAGAAGUGCAACGAGAGAAGAACUUGGAAGAUGAACUACUUGGAUUGCCAGUCGUCAAUGCACCAAAUAUUUCACCACAGUUCAGAGCACAAGGACAAAGAAUUGUAAUAGAUAAUGAGGCUGCUGAAGAUGUUGAUACCAGUCUUUUAGGCACCGACUUUAUGUUCUACAUUGCAUUUUUCGUUGCUUUUAUCUUCAACUGGAUUGGAUUCCUCCUGCUUAUGUGUUUUUGUCACACGAUUGCAUCAAGAUAUGGGGCUUUAUCAGGUUUUGGUUUGUCCCUUGCCAAAUGGACAUUUAUAGUGCAGCAUUCCACAGAGUUGGCUUCAAAGGACAACAGUUGGUUGUGGUGGUUAAUAAUGACUUUUGGAUUGAUAAUCUGUAUAAGGGCUAUUCUGCAAUAUUUAAGCAUCAAAAGAGGUUGGCACAUGCUCUCUGCUAGUCAUCAAGAAAGACUCUUAUUUUUCUAUUAGAUAUUAGGCUUUACAAAGUUUUAGAUAUUGUUAUUGUGAUUUUAUGUAUUUCCUUAUAUUACAUUAGAUGUAUAAUUAUAUCAUAAUCAUUCCUGUUUAAAUAAAAAUUAAUUAACAUUGUCA